AUGAAGUCCUUCCUUGCAAGUCUAUUCGCGGCCUCUUUGGCCUAUGCCCAAACUGCCACGGAGAGUGAACCUUCCCUUUCAGACAUUGAGAAGGCUGCGGCUACUACAGAGCCCUACUCUCCUGUCUCCAAUGUGACUGGCCUGGCCUUUGACAGAUUCUUCCAAGUUUGGCUGGAGAACAUUGACUAUUCGGACGCGUCUGCCGAUGAGAACUACCAAUGGCUGGCCAAGCAAGGAAUCACUCUCACCAAUUUCUUUGCAACCACCCAUCCAUCUGAGCCCAACUACUGUGCUUCCGCCGGAGGAGACACAUUUGGCAUGGACAAUGACGAUUUCAACCAGAUCCCGGCCAACGUCUCGACCAUUGCCGACUUGUUCGACACGAAGCACAUUGCCUGGGGAGAGUACCAAGAACAUUUGCCUUACCCUGGAUUCCAGGGAUACAACUACUCCAACCAGGAAACUUAUGCCAAUGAUUACGUGCGAAAGCACAACCCGUUGAUACUGUUUGACUCGGUCACGAAGAACAGCACACGUUUGCGUCAGAUCAAAAACUUCACCAACUUUGAGGACGAUCUCGCCGAUAAGAAGCUCCCUCAGUACGCUUUCAUUACCCCCAACAUGACCAACGAUGCGCACGAUACCAACAUCACCUUCGCCGCCAAGUGGGAACGUAGCUGGGUCUCCCAGUUGCUCGACAACUCCUAUUUCAUGGAAAAUACUCUGCUUCUUCUCACUUUCGAUGAAGACAAGACCUACCCCAAGGGAAACAAGAUCAUGAGCAUUCUCUUGGGUGGUGCCAUUCCUGAUGACCUAAAGGGCACCACAGAUGAUACGUUCUAUACUCACUAUUCGAUCAUCGCUUCCAUGUCGGCCAACUGGGGUCUGCCAUCCCUUGGCCGAUGGGAUUGUGGUGCCAAUAUUCUUGAAAUUGUGGCCAACAAGACUGGCUAUGUCAACUAUGAUGUUGACACUACAAACCUUCGUCUCAAUGAGACAUACCCUGGACCCAUGUCCGCUGGUGAUUACUCCAAGUUCUCGCCUAUGUGGCCAAACCCAUUGACCAGCGGCAACUGUUCAGCUGGUCAUGGAAUUCUGGACAUUGUCAAGGAGACCUAUAAGGGAACCACUGCGACUUACAACUACACGAGCCCCUUCCCCUACGAUUCAAAGAGCGGUUACAAUGUCAAGGUCACCGCGACUAAGAAGGGUGCUGGCAACAAGGGAUCUUCUUCCUCAUCGACCCCUACCCCCAACGUUGCUGUCCCCUUCGGUACGCCCGCUGCCGGAUCCAUUUCUGGUAUGUUGAUGGGUCUUCUCUUUUGUCUUUUCUAA